UCAGAAUACUACGUCGUUCAGUUGUUAAUAUAAAGUAGUAAUAUAUUUAUUAUAUAGUUGAAAUAUACUAGAACUUGAGUUAUGCGUGUCAGAUUCUAGUAUCUUUCAGCCAACGGUUUAUCCUGUUGCUAAGGACUCCAUAGGCCUUCUUGGUAGCCUAUCCGAGUACCCUUUAGCUUGGCAUAUCCUUUUCAACCAAGAUGGGAGAACCGCCUUUGGCACAAGCUUAUAUGAAGGAGCUGAUACAUGAAUUAAAGUCAUCAAAAUUGUACACUGACUUACAGAAUGCAGCACAGGUAGAAGUAGCAAAAACACACCUUAGAUUAUCUGAUGUGAGGAAAGGUGUUCAAACAGGUCUUGUCAACUCGGGGUGGGACAGGAAGCUGAGGAAUGCAAUAUUCAAAUAUAUUCAAUGUCACCCAAAGAUACCAUAUCCUCUUCCUCCUGUUGAGCAUUUGAAAGAACCCUUGUUAUACCUUAGAAAAGCACAGCAAAAUUGGGAAAAAAGAAUAUUGAAAAGUUUAAACAGCAUGUGCACGGAGUUAAACAUGCCUCUAGCCAGGAAAAGACCUGAAAAAGACCAAAGGGACAUUAUCCACAGAUGGACAGAACUGGGAACAGAUGGUCCAGAUUUGACCCAAAUUCGUCCUGUUUAUGCACCAAAAGAUUUUCUGGAGGUGAUCAUAGGAUUGUCAAAUCCAAAUUAUCACAAUGGCGAUGCCCCUGGGUUUCAUCACCUCUGGGGAAUUGUACAAGUUCCCCUCAAAGUCAAAAGCAUUAAUAAACUGCGGCUUCAGUACAGUGAUAUGGCGAUCAAUCAAGGCCAAUCAGGAAUAGAUGACUUCGGGGAUAUACCUCCAGAGCUGUUCGAGUCUGACAAGAUGAAAGUUGGAAAGAAAGUGAUAAAUGCAUGCCACGGUCCACUGGCCCAGGAGUUCUCUAAAAAAGGUUGCCCAACUAGUUUGCGAGCCAGCUUGUGGUGUCAGAUGUUAGGUGUGGAGAUCGACGAAGAAGAUACUUUGUACUAUGAACAAUUGAAAGUCAACGUCCAGCAACACGACCUUUUAGUUGACAGUCUAUUAUAUAAGGAUGUGAAGCUCACGGCAACAAACGAUGACCAAUACUUUGUCUUUGAAGACUUCCUGUAUCAGGUUCUUCUUCCAUUUUCAAGGGAUACCUACGUUCUAAAACAUUUCGCUCAGAAUAGUGCUACCCCACCUAAAUCGUAUAUACGAGGGAAAAUGGGACAGGAAGAAUUUGCAGUCAUAUAUCCCCCAAAUGGAGUAAUUCCUUUCCACGGGUUUGCCAUGUAUGUUGCACCUCUCUGCUACGUUUUUAACGAGCCCAUUUGCCUUUACUACGUCUUCAGGGAGAUGUACUGCAGACAUUUCUUUCGCCUUCACAGUAUUUCAUCUCAUCCUCAGGGGAUAUUAGCCAUCAGUCUGUUGUUCGAGACUUUACUCCAGAUCCACGAACCCGAACUUUAUUUUCACCUGAAGACUGUGGGUUGUCAUCCACUGAAAAUUUCUUUUAAGUGGCUCGUACGAGCGUUUUCUGGCUAUCUCUCCAGCGACCAAGUAUUAUUGCUGUGGGACCGAAUACUGGCACAUUCCUCUCUGGAGAUAUUAGCAGUGCUUGCUGUUGCGAUAUUUUCGUUCAGGAAAACAAAUCUGAUGAAAGUACAGUCAUACAAUGCUGCAGAGGCAGUGCUCGCUGAUUUGACAACGCUGCAGGUGAUCCCUCUCAUACAGCUGAGCCUAUUCUCAAAGUAACGGCGCUGUGUACUCUCAACGUCGGUGCUGUAGGGGAAGAGGACUUACUAAUGCAGGCACCAGACAUUUCCUACACAUCUGCAGUGAUCUGCUCUCUGGUGUAUCGUUGUAUUGUAAAAGCUACAUGCUUUGUAAAAAAACGGUCUUUAAGUAAGGUGUUGUUGGCAGAAUAGCCUGAUAUCAGACUUUGCAAUUAACAGAUAUUAUGAAGUUAGAUUACAUAAAAAUGGACGUUGUUAUAUUUUUUAUUUUUAUUUAUAUCCCAGCCAAGUGUCAGCAAAUAUGUGUUUAAGUGAGGACAUGGAUAUCAGACGUACGGUACUUUAACAUAACGGUAUAAUGAUACUGCACUCCAAUUCCUUUUUAAAAUCAAAUAGAAAUUCAAAAUUAUAAUGUAGUCAGAAAAGAAACAGAUGGAGUUUUUAUCUUAUAUCAGUGAUGUACAAUGUAAACAUUUUUACUCCUCGUUUUGUUUUCAUGUUUAUUAGUCAGACAGGAAAAAGAUAAGGCUUUUCUGUUGUUACAUUGUACUGUGGUUUGCAAUGUAAACAACUCUACAAAUCAAUUUGUUUUUUCAAUAUAAAUGUUAUGUAAGCUUUAAUGAAAAUCUGGCACAUUGUUGUCCAAAACCUGCUGCACCUUUCGAACGUCUUGCAGGACAUGUUACGUGAGUAUACCAGUUACAUUUUAGUCGACAUCGUAAGAAUUUUUGGUUCGAUACUACUGAUGUCGGUUUCCUUUACAAUAACGGUAAAUUCUACUGUAUAUUAAGUCGAUUUUUGCCACAGUUUCAAGUAUGGUAUAGUUAUUCUGUCCCUAACGGCACUCAUAUUUCGUGUUAGACAAAGCUCAUACAGAAUUAAGAUUUGAUUACGUGCUGUGUGAUCAGAGAUAUAAAAAAUGAUGAAUAUCAAUAUGCUGCACUUAUCCGUUAUAAAGAACAUACGCCAAUUGAAAAUCAUUUAUUCAAUAUAUGUAGCCCCGAACAUUAAAUCCCCAUUGACCUAAUAUGAUUGAAUAAUCUACAUGGGCAGCAAUGAGCAAAGAAAACAUUAUAGAUGUUUUCCUGUAUAUAUUAAGUUAUUUGACAUCGGAACAUUUGUGACAUUUUGGUGACUAAAGAAGAAAACAAUGGUUUUGUACUUGUUUAUCAUCUUACGUAUUUAUAUUUUUGUACUCUCAUUAUUUAAUAUACACAAAAUACAUUUAGUAUAAGUCAAUAGCAUGUAAGACAUUGAGUAUGAGUCAAUAGCAUAUAAGACAUUGAGUAUGAGUCAAUU